CUUGUCUAAAACCCUAAACCAUUCCGUUCCUUCGCCAGCCAUCGCCAUGUAUCUUUACAGUCUCACUCUGCAGCGACCGACGGGGAUCGUGUGUGCCAUCAACGGCAGCUUCUCCGGCGGGAAGAGCCAAGAAAUCGUGGUGGCGAGAGGGAAGGUGCUCGAUCUGCUUCGGCCGGACGACAAUGGUAGGAUCCAAACCAUUCUUUCGGUUGAAAUAUUCGGUGCAGUUAGGUGUUUAGGUCUGUUUAGGUUUACGGGAGCUCAGAAGGAUUACAUCGUUGUGGGUUCGGAUUCCGGGAGGAUCGUAAUCCUUGAAUACAACAAGGAGAAGAACGUCUUCGAUAAAAUUCAUCAGGAAACUUUCGGAAAAUCUGGUUGCCGGCGAAUUGUGCCAGGUCAGUACCUUGCCGUAGAUCCCAAGGGUAGGGCUGUUAUGAUUGGGGCUUGUGAAAAGCAGAAACUUGUUUAUGUGUUGAAUAGGGAUACUGCUGCUAGGUUAACCAUUUCUUCGCCUUUAGAGGCUCAUAAAUCUCACACUUUGGUGUAUUCGAUCUGUGGAGUUGAUUGUGGGUUUGAGAACCCUAUCUUUGCUGCUAUAGAGUUGGAUUACUCGGAGGCAGAUCUGGAUUCAACUGGGCAGGCUGCUUCUGAAGCACAGAAGCAUUUGACAUUUUAUGAGCUUGAUCUGGGGCUCAACCAUGUUUCUAGGAAGUGGUCGGAGCAGGUUGAUAAUGGUGCCAAUUUGCUUGUCACUGUUCCUGGAGGUGGUGAUGGCCCCAGUGGUGUGCUUGUUUGUGCUGAAAAUUUUGUUAUUUAUAAGAAUCAGGGACAUCAAGAUGUUAGGGCUGUCAUUCCUAGACGUGCUGACUUGCCUGCGGAGCGCGGUGUUCUUAUUGUCUCUGCUGCAAUGCAUAAACUCAAGUCGAUGUUCUUCUUCCUUUUGCAGACAGAGUAUGGAGAUAUUUUUAAGGUCACCUUAGAACAUGACGGUGACCGUGUCUCGGAAUUGAAGAUUAAGUAUUUUGAUACUAUCCCUGUUACGGCUUCGAUGUGCGUGCUCAAGUCAGGAUUCUUGUUUGCGGCCUCAGAGUUUGGAAACCAUGCUCUGUAUCAGUUUAAGGCAAUAGGGGAUGAAGAUGAUGUGGAGGCGUCAUCGGCUACGCUAAUGGAAACUGAAGAAGGUUUUCAGCCAGUCUUUUUCCGGCCCAGAAGACUGAAAAACCUUGUUAGGAUUGACCAGGUUGAGAGUUUAAUGCCUAUAAUGGAUAUGAAGGUGAGUAAUCUCUUUGAAGAGGAAACUCCUCAAAUUUUUACUCUUUGUGGACGUGGUCCUCGAUCGUCCUUGAGGAUACUGAGAACUGGUUUAGCAGUUAGUGAGAUGGCAGUGUCCAAGCUUCCUGGUAUACCUAGUGCUGUUUGGACUGUGAAGAAGAAUAUUAUUGAUGAGUUUGAUGCGUAUAUCGUUGUGUCAUUCACAAAUGCUACGCUUGUGCUUUCCAUCGGUGAGACAGUUGAAGAAGUUAGUGACAGUGGGUUUCUUGACACAACUCCCUCCCUCGCUGUUUCUUUGAUAGGUGAGGAUUCUCUCAUGCAGGUUCACCCAAAUGGUAUUAGACAUAUUAGGGAGGACGGCCGUGUUAAUGAGUGGAGAACUCCUGGAAAGAGGACAAUUUCAAAAGUUGGAUCAAAUCGAUUUCAAGUUGUUAUUGCACUGAGUGGGGGGGAGCUUAUAUUGUUUGAAGUGGAUGUAACUGGUCAGUUGAUGGAGAUUGAGAAGCAUGAAAUGUCUGGAGAUGUUGCUUGUUUGGACAUUGCUCCAGUACCCGAAGGCAGACAAAGAUCUCGUUUUCUUGCAGUUGGCUCAUAUGAUAAGACCAUUCGUAUCUUAUCCCUGGAUCCUGAUGAUUGUAUGCAGCCUCUAAGUGUACAAAGUGUUUCUUCAGCGCCAGAAUCUCUUAUUUUUCUUGAAGUUCAAGCAUCUGUUGGUGGUGAGGAUGGUGCAGAUCAUCCUGCUAGUCUUUUCUUGAACGCUGGUUUACAGAAUGGUGUCUUGUUUAGAACUGUAGUUGAUAUGGUUACAGGUCAGCUUUCUGAUUCUCGUUCCCGAUUCUUAGGAUUGAGAGCCCCAAAGCUGUUUCCCAUUAUUGUAAGAGGUAAACGCGCUAUGCUUUGCUUGUCAAGUCGACCUUGGCUUGGUUAUAUUCACCAAGGACAUUUCCUUUUAACACCACUUUCAUAUGAAACCCUUGAAUACGCUGCCCCAUUUUCAUCUGACCAAUGUGUGGAAGGUGUAGUAGCUGUUGCUGGUGAGGCACUGAGGAUUUUUACCAUUGAAAGAUUAGGAGAAACAUUUAAUGAGACUGUUAUUCCAUUAAGAUACACGCCAAGGAAAUUUGUGGUGCAACCCAAACGGAAACUUCUGGUGAUGAUCGAGAGUGACCAAGGAGCAUUAACUGCUGAAGAGCGUGAAGCUGCAAGGAAAGAGUGUUUUGAGGCUGCUCAAGCCGGGGAAAAUGGGUCUGGAAGUGCAGAACAAAUGGAGAAUGGUGGUGAGGAUGAGGAUCAAGACGACCCACUCUCUGAUGAACAUUAUGGUUAUCCAAAAUCUGAAUCAGAUAAGUGGGUUUCCUGCAUCAGAGUUCUUGAUCCAAGAACAGCAAAUACAACUUGUCUAUUGGAGCUUCAGGAGAAUGAGGCUGCAUUCAGCAUAUGCACAGUAAAUUUCCAUGAUAAGGAAUACGGGACUCUUUUAGCUGUUGGCACAGCAAAGGGACUGCAAUUUUUUCCCAAAAGGAGUUUAACUGCUGGAUUUAUUCAUAUCUAUAGGUUUGUGGAGGAUGGAAGAUCUCUUGAACUACUGCAUAAAACUCAGGUUGAAGGUGUUCCUCUUGCUCUAUGUCAGUUUCAAGGAAGAUUACUUGCGGGAAUAGGACCUGUGCUAAGGCUAUAUGAUUUGGGAAAAAGACGAUUGUUAAGAAAAUGUGAGAAUAAGCUAUUCCCUAACACAAUUGUCUCUAUUCAUGCGUAUCGGGAUCGAAUUUAUGUAGGUGACAUCCAAGAGUCUUUCCAUUACUGCAAGUACAGGCGGGAUGAAAACCAGCUUUACAUAUUUGCCGAUGAUUGCGUUCCAAGAUGGCUUACUGCAUCAUACCACAUAGAUUUUGACACUAUGGCAGGUGCAGACAAGUUCGGAAAUAUAUAUUUUGUGCGGUUGCCACAGGAUGUUUCAGAUGAGAUAGAAGAAGAUCCUACUGGUGGGAGGAUCAAGUGGGAGCAAGGAAAGCUGAAUGGAGCUCCCAAUAAAGUAGAAGAAAUUGUACAAUACCAUGUUGGUGAUGUGAUCACAUGCUUGCAAAAGGCAUCUCUGAUACCCGGUGGUGGAGAGUGCAUUGUAUAUGGAACAGUUAUGGGAAGUGUUGGAGCAUUACAUGCUUUUACUUCACGAGAUGAUGUUGAUUUCUUUUCUCAUUUGGAGAUGCAUUUGAGGCAGGAUCAUCCACCUCUGUGUGGAAGAGACCACAUGGCUUAUAGAUCUGCCUAUUUUCCUGUUAAGGAUGUGAUUGAUGGGGAUCUCUGUGAGCAAUUCCCAACAUUGCCAAUGGAUUUGCAGAGAAAAAUUGCUGAUGAAUUGGACAGAACUCCUGGAGAGAUACUGAAGAAACUCGAGGAAGUUCGAAAUAAGAUUAUUUGAGAAAUGAUCUUCUGAAAGGUCAUAGCGGAACUGUGUUUUUCUAGUUGGUCGUUUGCCCGUAGAUAGGUCACUAACAAAGUGAAGAAAGCUUGCGUUUCUCAAGUAUACGGGAAGCAGCGAUUUCUUGUCCUAUCUAAUUUAAGAUGGGGGAACUGAACGGUGACUUUUUUGUACUCCGUAUUGUUGAAAUGAAACCCAUAAGCCUCAGUUGGUAAUUUAUGUUGUAAUUAAUCUUAAUUAGCUGUUAUCAUACUUUGUGGAUAUGAUAACGUGCCCCAUAUCUCUCUUUCCACAUUCCUGCACACUGUGUCGUACUCAAUGAGAUGUCUGAUAACUUAACAUGGAAUUUAAAUAGACCUAAU